AUGCUGAAUUCACGAGUACUCUUGUUAUUCAAUAGAAGGCUACUAGCUAGUGUGAAAGCGACGACUAAGGAGAAGGAGUACAAGUAUCCUGUUACUGGUAUGACUAUGGGACCAUGUGCAAUAUUUGUAAAAGAACACUUCGCAAAACAUCGCCCAAAGGAUUUAGUGGAGGGAAAGAAUACGAUGAAAGAAGCUGGUGCGGCAUGGAGGUCCCUCGACGAAGCUUCGAGAAAAAAAUAUGAGGAACUUUCUAAGCGCUACCGAGAACAGAAAAUCAAGGAGUUCGAAGCUCUUUCAGAUGAAGAGAAAAAGGAGUUGAUUGCUUCAUCACUGCAGGCAAAGGAGGACAAACUUAAAAAGAAGAGUCGCAAGGAGAGGAAGGAGAACUGGGAGAAGACAGGACACCCUGAAAAGCCUCCAACAGCCUAUAAUCUCUAUGUGCAGGAGAGAUAUAACAAGCUUAAAGCACAAGGUGAACCGAUUGUGCCCGUCGUUAAAGUCAUGCCACGAGUUAGUGCCGAAUGGAAGGGAAUGAGUGAGACUGCAAGAGAGCCAUAUGUCAAGAAAGCUGCAAAGUUACUCGAGGAGUACAAAGUGAAACUAGAAGAAUGGAAGUCGAAGGUGGAACCAUCUGCGACGCCUCCACUCGGGACUGAAAAAGCCAAGCAGCCCUCUUCACCCGUGACUGAAAAGGCCAAGCACCCUCCUCAACACGUGACUGAAAAAGCUAAGGAACCCUCUAAGCCAACCAAAUAG